AUGGUAAAGCCUCAUUCUAGGCCUUAUAAUAAACCUUCUGGAUCAAAGUUUCAACCUAAACGACGAUUCAAACCUCACAAUUCGGAAGAACAAAAGGUAAUAUUUUUGUUUGUUGGUUGGUUUUUAGGUGAAAAGAAAGAGUUGAUGAAAAAGAACGUUUAUUGAGCAAUGUACCUAUUUUUUACUGUAGUUUAGGAAUUAGCAAUUGAAUAUUCAGUAUUAUCUAAAACAACAACUUUUCUUUCAGACAGAAGCUCCAGAACGAAAACCAUAUAUAAAUGCGUACAAACGAGCAGAAUUGGCCUAUCAGAAGAUUCAAGAUGAACGAAAGGCAGCAUCAGAAGAGAAGAAACAAGAACGAGAGAAAAGAGAACAGAAACAUGAAGAAUAUUUGACGUUAAGGAAGAAGAUGAACAAGGCAUUGAAGAUGAAAACAAAGAAAGGUCAGCCCAAGUUGGGAGCUCAGAUGGACGUGCUUUUGGAGAAGAUUCAAAGGAAAUUGAAGCAGGAGGAAGAAGAGGAGUGA